UUUUAAUUUAUUUGCCUAACUGUUUUUCCUUAAAAUUAAAUUACAUUUCUACAUGUAAAGAGAGAGAGACAGAAAGAGGUGCCUGGGGGAUCUGUAGCCUCCAUCCCCCACUGGCAACAGCUUUAGGUUUAAUCUGUUCAUAGGCGAUCAAAGGCUGCAACUUUCUGGAAUUUUGAGAAUUAGGAGGCUUUGAAUCUGAUAGUAGAAAAUGGGGGUUAUGUCCAGACGGGUUCUUCCUGUCUGUGGUAGUAUCUGCAUUUUUUGCCCGUCUUUGCGAGCGAGGUCAAGACAGCCAGUAAAAAGAUAUAAGAAGCUUCUUGCAGAUAUAUUUCCUCGAAAUCAGGAAAUUGAGCCGAAUGACAGGAAGAUUGGGAAGCUUUGUGAAUACGUAUCAAAGAACCCAUUAAGGGUCCCUAAGAUAACUGAAUACUUGGAACAGCGAUUUUACAAGGAUUUACGGAAUGAGAAUGUAGGAUCAGCGAAGGUUGUCCUGUGCGUAUACAGGAAAUUUUUAUCUUCAUGUAAGGAGCAGAUGCCACUAUUUGCGUGCAGCUUAUUAGGCAUCAUUCGAACUCUUUUAGAUCAAACCUCUCGGGAGGAAAUGCAAAUAUUGGGCUGCAAUGCCCUUGUCGACUUCUUAAAUAUCCAGGUGGGGAGCACAUAUAUAUUCAACAUAGAAGGCCUUGUCCCCAAACUUUGUCAACUAGCUCAAGAAGUUGGGGAUGAUGAUAGAUUUUUAUGUCUGCGGGCAGCUGGAUUGCAAGCACUUUCUUCAAUGGUGCGGUUUAUGGGUGAGCAGUCCCACAUUCCAAUGGAAUUUGACAAAAUCAUAUCAGCAACUUUAGAGAAUUUUUCGGAAACUCAAAUUAUGCCAAUGAAUGGCAAGCUAGACAGAAUUAUUUGUCACAGUUCAGAUUGUUGUAGUCGGGUUUCAACAAACUCAGACAAUAAAGAGCUGUCAACUGCAAAUCAAAGCUCUGAUGCCUCUUUUUCAAUGGACCUAGGCAGCAUCAAGCAACAACUAGAACCACCAGUUGAUGCUUCAAAAAGUCCUUCUUAUUGGUCUAAAGUUUGCCUAUAUAACAUGGCUGGCUUAGCCAAGGAAGCUACAACCAUCAGGCGUGUGCUUGAGCCCUUUUUCCAUAACUUUGAUUCAGAAGAUUACUGGUCUCCUGAGAGGGGGCUUGCCGCGUCUGUCUUGAUGUAUAUGCAAGUGGUGUUGGAAGAUUCAGCUUUAGAAAACUCCCAUUUGUUACUUUCCAUCAUGGUGAAGCACUUGGAUCACAAAAAUGUUGCCAAACAGCCUCUUAAACAAAUCAGUAUUAUUCAUGUCAUUAGACAACUUGCUCAAAAUGUUAAGGAACAGGUUUCAGUUGCUUUAACGGGUGCAUUAACUGACCUACUGAAACAUUUACGCAAGUGCAUGCAAUAUUCAGCAGAAACUUCUAGCUCUGGCAGUGGUGCAGAUAAAUUAAAUUCAGAUCUUCAAUCAGCGUUAGAAAAUUGUAUCUUUCAGCUGUCAAGUAAGGUUGGAGAUGUUGGCCCCAUUCUUGAUCUGAUGGCCGGGGUACUUGAGAAUGCCCCAAAUAACAAUAUUAUUGCCAGAACAACCAUCUUUUCUGUUUAUCGCACUGCUCAGAUAAUUUCAUCCCUACCUAAUGUAUCAUAUCACAAAAAGACAUUUCCUGAUGCUUUAUUUCACCAACUGCUUAUAGCCAUGGGCCACCCAGAUUAUGAAACUCGGAUUUGUGCACACUGUAUCUUGUCCACUGUGCUUAUCCCGUCUUUGAUAUGCCCAUGGUCAGACCAAAAAGAACUGGCUUCGCUGAAUAGUUUGGGGCAGUCAUCCAUCUUCUCAUCAUUGAAAGAAAAUAGUGGAAGAUUUUCCAUUCCUGAGGAAGAUGAAGAGACAGUACAACCCACAGGUACAAUGGAAGAAAGCCAGAGAUGGAAUGAUGUGAAACAAUCUCUAGUCUGUCGAUCACAUAGUAAAUCAUACAGCUUUAAGAGUGCUUUGACCAAUGGAAAAAUGGAGCUUUCUUCACUUAGAUUGAGUAGUCAUCAAGUCAGUCUAUUGCUUUCAUCUAUCUGGGUUCAGGCAAUUUCUAGAGAAAAUACCCCUUCCAAUUUUGAAGCAAUGGCCCACACUUACAAUAUUGCUUUGCUAUUAACCCGGACCAAGACUUCCAGUCACAUGGCUCUGGUUAGGUGCUUCCAGCUAGCAUUUUCUCUUAGAAGCAUAUCCCUUGAUCAAGAAGGAGGUCUACAACCAUCUCGACGAAGAUCUCUCUUCACCAUGGCAUCUUGCAUGCUUAUAUUUUCAGCAAGAGCAGGCAGUCUUCCAGAGCUGAUCCCUAUUGUUAAAUCUUCUUUGACGGAUAUAACUGUUGAUCCUUAUCUUGAGUUGGUUGACAAUAUCAGACUUCAAGCAGUUAUUCGGAAUCCAGUUGAUGGCGGAAAGAUGUAUGGAUCAGAUGAAGAUGAUUUAGCUGCAUUGAAGUCUCUUUCAGCGAUGGAAUCAGAUGAACUGCAGUUGAAAGAAACUGUCAUAUCUCACUUGAUGUCUAAAUUUGAGAAGUUAUCAGAGGACGAAUUAUCUGGCAUCAAGAAGCAACUUUUACAGGGAUUUUCACCUGACGAAUCAUAUCCUUUGGGGGCUCCACUAUUCAUGGAGACACCACAACCAUGUUCCCCGCUUGCACAGCUGGACUUCCAAUCUUUCGAUGAGGUGGAGGAUACUACAUUGUUUGAUGAAGCCGUACCUGAUGGCAAUGGAAGUCAAUCUGGUCGUAAAACAUCAACUUCUUCCAACUCACUCGACAUUCUUAAUGUGAACCAGCUUCUUGAAUCGGUGUUGGAAACAGCCCAACAAGUGGCUAGCUUACCUGCUUCUACCAGCCUUAUAUCUUAUGACCAAGUGAAAGACCAAUGUGAGGCCCUUGUCACAGGUAAGCAUCAGAAGAUGUCAGUACUCCAAAGUUUCAAGCAGCAACAGGAAGCAAAAGCUAUUGUUCUUGCCAGUGACACAUCAUUAAAGACGGCAGCAAAUACAGACACGCCUAUGAGGGAAUCGGAACCUAGUCUGGAUUCGAUAGGCAAAGAACUGAUUCAACGCCAUGAUCAUCUUUAUCCUUGCUCAUUGGAGUAUGGAUAUCAGUCUUUUAGAUUACCACCUGCAAGCCCCUACGACAAGUUUUUGAAAGCAGCCGGAUGCUGAGUUGAACAGAUUAAGUCUUGUGUAUUUCAUGUAUGUAAUAGCAUAAUAAUCAAUUUUUUUUUCUUUAGUUUUCUUAUUGGGCCUUUAUGGGUUUUCCACAAGUGGUCAAUUUUUUCAUUCUUUUGUAAUGGAAAGUUGUGUUACAUAGUGUAUAAGUUAUUUAUGAAAGUUUUUGGCUGGUGAAGUCAUGAAGAA